AUGAGAUCUUACAAGCAAGUUCAGUUACCAGACAAAGAAAUUAAUUUAGUUAAAGAUUUAACAUGUAAAUGGCUAUGCCAGGAUAUGAGACCAUUUUCAAUUGUAGAAGAUGUUGGCUUAAAAAAUCUAUUACAACAAUUUAUUUCAUUAGGUGCAACAUAUGGAGAAAUCGACUUGAAAAGUAUUUUUCGUGGGGCUGAUGUGUAUGCUAAGCACAUAUACAAAUUAGCUGAUGAUUAUCGUGCAAUUUUGAAAAAUCUAUUGCAAGAACCUUAUGAAAAUGGAUGUGUUUGUAUUAGUCCCGACUUAUGGACCGAUCCAUACAAGCAAAUUUCUUAUUUGGGUAUAUCAAUUUCAUUUGUUGAUAAAGAGUAUAUUUAUAAAUCAUUUGAUCUAUGCUGUGAACCUUAUACACAAGUUGAUCAUACUGGUGAAAAUAUUCUGUUGGCUAUCCGACAAUGUUUGGCACCGUUCGGUCUAAUUGAUUUCAAUAAAUUAAAUUUUGUAUCAGAUCGUGGUCCUAAUCUAGUUUCUGCAUUAAAAAAAUAUAAUACUUUAUAUUGCUAUCCACAUCGUGUGAAUAAUGUUCUGAAAUGUUCAUUUUAUCAAUCACAGUCAAAACAAGAACAAAUAACAAUAUCAGCUGCAACAGAUCAACACAAAAGUUCCAUCAACACUGCCAAUUCAACAGAUGUUGCUGAUACAAUAAAUGACGAAGUCAACCGUUCACCAUUAUCAACCGAUUCUGAAAAUGAUAAAAAUGAAUCAACUUUGCCGAUUAAAAAUAAAACAACACAUAGAAAGCAAUCAGUAACAACAACGAAUGUUGUUGUUGAUCCAAGAAAAUUAAAGUUUAAGGAUUUACAUCCAUCAGCACAAGAAAUCAUUAAAAUAAUAGUCCGUUGUAAAAAUUUGGUUCAAUUUGUGAAGAAAAGCGGCUGCAACAAAGAUAUUCAAUCUCUGGGCGGUGUUGCGUUGCAGCAGUCGACGGUUAUUCGUUGGUUGUCGUUAAUAGAGUUACUUGAAAGUAUUACAAGUUCAUUUAAAGAAACUAAACGAGUUUUAAUAAAUCGUAAACAACAAUCAAAAUUAAAUGGAAUUGAUGAAAAGAUCUUAAAACAAUUAAUUCGUUUAUUGAAACCUUUCAAACAUGUUUUGAAAAUUAUACAGACGACGAAUACUCCAUCACUACAUAUGGUAUUAGUAUGUACUCGAAUGUUGAAAGAUAAAUUAUCAUCAUUUGAAGAGUUAUUGAAAUACGAAGCACAAUCAUCAACAAAAGAUUUAGAUAAUAGUGAAGAAGUUGAAGAAGUUGAAGAGGUUCUCGAAAAUGAAGGAAUCGAAAUUCUUCGACUUCGAAUAUUGGACCUAUUGAAUGUUAUGUUUACAUUAGACAUUCAUCAUUACGUUGCAACAUUAUUACACCCGAAAUAUCGACAACUCAAAGGAUGCACAAGCAAUGAACGUGAACAAGCAUAUAAAUAUAUUCGAAAACAUAUUCAUACAACAGUAAAACAAAAUGAACAACAACAAGAUGAUUUUGAACCUGAUUUUGAACAAUCAACUAAUGUAUCUAAUAGUUCCGGCAGUGAAGAUUAUUCAUUCAAAGCGCCAAAGGCGGAUGAGUUAGAUCGUUAUUUAGCUAUGACUGUUGUAAAAGCCAAUUUAAUCGACAAUCCACUUAAGUUUUGGGAAAGCAAUCAACGUCCUUUUCCUAUGCUGUCUAAACUUGCACGUCAAAUACAUUGUAUACCGGCAUCGUCAGCCGGAGUCGAGCGGCAAUUUAGUGGCGCUGGUAUUGUUGUCAAUGAACGCCGAACUGCAUUAGAUCCUAAUCAAGUUAAUAACAUUUUAUUUAUUCGUUCCAUGGAAAAUAUGAAACUUGCUAAAUGA